AUGGUAUUCACAUCAAUAACAGCCAAAGUGUUCACGCACGAAGAAUGUGGAUGGAGUUGUAUAACGAUUGAUGAUAUGAGUCGUUGUAUGAAGUGCAAUAAAUUAGCGCAUGAUGAGACUAAUCCUGAUGCAUACCAACAAUUCACUUACGUUCACCUACCUAAUCCUUUCACAACGAAUACUGCACGAUGCAUUCUACUGAAACCUUCGAAAGGGACUUUCUAUGAGUAUAAUGUGGGCGAUGAUCUGCAUAUAGGUAUAUCGGACUCAGAAUCGAUGGUACAUUCAUAUUGGUUUAAAGGCAUUAUCAUUGAGUCGUCGUCAUGGCAAGAUGCGAUCUGCAUCUAUAAAUUCCAAGAGAUCGAUGAAAGUCUGUCUGAAUUCGUUUCUAACUACUCUCAUCAUUUCACAGCUGAGUAUAUGGCGGAUAUAUUAGAAGAUGAUGAUGCACAGUGUUGUGAAGAUAGCGAUCGUAAAAACGACCGAAGAAGUUUCUUGAAAGAACAAUUGGAUAUAUUCGUUGAAGAGUAUCGAGAAAACGCUCAACCGAGCGCAGUUUCGGUGUUCGCCUCAACACUUCCAUCCGAUCUACGACUCAAGAAGGAUGUCAUCAACAUGAAACGUAAACUGAAUCGUCUCAAAUUCAAAAUACAAUCAUUACCCGAUAAAGAAGAACAAUUGUCAGGAUAUAUACCAACAAUCAAUUCCAUAAUUGAUCAGUUUGAUGAGAUAAUACAGUCAAAGAAAGAUCCGGAUGAGUUCAAUAUGGACAAUGUACCGUUACCAGAAUACAAUUCCGUUGAUAUGCAAUUGCUGUUCGAUGACGAGUUGUUAUCUGAUGCUAAUGAUAGCAGCAAGGAGCUAGAUAAUGCUGAGUUGAGUGUGUAUGACAAGGAUGUGCAUGCUCGUGUCACACAACUGAUCUCCUCUUGUGAGGUGUUGUUUCGCGAAUUCGACCACUUUUGCAAAUCACUUUACACGUGA